UCCAAUAGUAGCAACAGCAGCAGCAGCAGAAGAAACAACUGUUUCAGACCCAGCGAACUCUGCAGCCUGAACAGAAGCAAGAUGCACCCUCAGCAGUCGGUCGUUUCCUGGUUUUCCCUGGUUUUGCUGACAUCUCCCAUUGUGGCCAUAUGGGAACUGGAGAAAAAUGUUUAUGUUGUAGAAUUGGAUUGGUAUCCUGAUGCUCCUGGAGAAACGGUGGUCCUCAGGUGUGACACUCCUGAAGAAGACGGUAUCACCUGGACCUCAGACCAGAGCAGUGAGGUCUUGGGCUCUGGCAAAACCUUGACCGUCCAAGUCAAAGAGUUUGGAGAUGCUGGGCAGUACACCUGUCACAAAGGAGGCGAGGUUCUGAGUCGUUCACUCCUCCUGCUGCACAAAAAGGAAGAUGGAAUUUGGUCUACUGAUAUUUUAAAGGAUCAGAAAGAACCCAAAGCCAAGAGUUUUUUAAAAUGUGAGGCAAAGGAUUAUUCUGGACACUUCACCUGCUGGUGGCUGACAGCAAUCAGUACUGAUUUGAAAUUCAGUGUCAAAAGCAGCAGAGGCUCCUCUGACCCCCGAGGGGUGACGUGCGGAGCAGCGUCGCUCUCAACAGAGAAGGUCAUUGUGGACCACAGGGAGUAUAAGAAGUACACAGUGGAGUGUCAAGAGGGCAGCGCCUGCCCGGCUGCGGAGGAGAGCCUGCCCAUUGAGGUCGUAGUGGAAGCUGUGCACAAGCUCAAGUAUGAAAACUACACCAGCAGCUUCUUCAUCAGGGACAUCAUCAAACCAGACCCACCCAAGAACCUGCAACUGAGACCAUUAAAGAAUUCUCGGCAGGUGGAGGUCAGCUGGGAGUACCCUGACACGUGGAGCACCCCACAUUCCUACUUCUCCCUGACGUUUUGUGUUCAGGUCCAGGGAAAGAACAAGAGAGAAAAGAAACUCUUCAUGGACCAAACCUCAGCCAAAGUCACGUGUCACAAGGAUGCCAGCAUCCGCGUGCAAGCCCGGGACCGCUACUACAACUCAUUCUGGAGUGAAUGGGCAUCUGUGUCCUGCAGCCAGGUUCUAACCUCUGGAUGAAACCUUGGAGGAAAAGUGGAAGACAUUAUGCUAAAUUUUUAAAAGACAUGUAGGAACAGACCUCCCC